AUGAACGCUGACAGGCUAGCCAAGAUGCAAGCCCAAGUCCGUAUUGGCGGAAAGGGAUCACCACGUCGUAAGAUGAAGAAAGUUCACAAGAGCACUACAAACGAUGAUAAGAAACUCAAAACUGCUCUUAAUAAGCUCAAACUUCAUCCGAUCCAACAAAUUGACGAGGUGAAUAUGUACAGGGAUGAUGGAAGCGCAAUUCAUUUCCGUGCGCCGAAAGUUCAAGCAUCGCUCCAUGCCAAUACGUUUGUGAUCGAAGGUGCAUCCGAGGAGAAGAGUGCAGAAUCGAACCUUGAAAUACUUCAGAAGCUUAAUGCAACCCUGUCCCAAGCAUCACAACAUGUGGCAGGCGAAGGUGCUGAUGACGAUGAAAUUCCUGCAUUAGUAGAAGAUUUUGAGGCCGAGACUAAGAAGGCGACCGAGGAACAGUAG